CACUAGCAAAACAAACCUAGUCUAGUGGAAUGAUCGAAUGAAAUUGGUUGUUUAUUUUUGGGAGUGUACUCAUUUUCAUUUGUGCAUUUAUUUCAUUAAAACAAUAUUUUUCGACUUUUGAAAUUUUAAAUCCUCAAAUCAAAAUGGAAGAUAUUUUUCAUUGGUGCAGGGAAGGAAAUGCAAUGCAAGUCCGUGUUUGGUUGGAUGAUACUGAAAAUGACAUGAACCAAGGAGAUGAUCAUGGAUUCAGUCCGUUGCACUGGGCUUCUAAAGAAGGGCACACUAAAAUUGUCGAGUUGCUGCUUCAGCGUGGUGCCCGAGUUAAUGCCACUAAUCGCGGAGACGAUACGCCUCUUCACCUGGCUGCUGCACAUGGUCAUCGAGAAAUUGUCCAUAUGUUGUUGCGUAAUCGUGCGGACAUCAACUUCACAAACGAGCACGGAAACACGCCGCUGCACUAUGCAUGUUUCUGGGGCUACCAACAACUCGCGGAGGACCUCAUAUCACAAGGUGCUCUAGCGUCUCUGGCUAAUAAAGACGGUGACACUCCGCUUGACAAGGCACGGGGGCCUUUGGCCAAACGGCUACAUGAUUUGGCUGUUGAGACUGGACAGGACUUGAAGAAAAUUAACUUCAAGGACCAAAGCUGGCUUGGACUUAAGACCCGAAGCCGUGAUGCUACAUUGUCUCGUCACAAAGGUAUCAACAUCUCAGAUCUCUCACUACACACUCGUAUUGCUGUAUCCCCCUCGGGCGAGACCUGGCGUGGACGAUGGCAAAAGAACGACAUUGUAGCCAAGAUACUGGCUGUGAGAGAGUGCACUCCUCGUAUCUCUAGGGACUUCAAUGAGGAGUUUCCUAAACUAAGGAUCUUCUCUCAUCCGAAUGUGUUGCCUGUGGUUGGUUGCUGUAACUCUCCGCCCAGCCUCGUAGUGAUCAACCAGCACAUGCCGUGGGGUUCGUUGUUCACUCUACUGCACGAGGGUGCUGGCGUGGUGGUAGACUCCGCGCAGGCUCUGCGGUUCGCUGUCGAUGUCGCCCGAGGGAUGGCAUUCCUACACAGUCUAGAGCGUCUCACCCCACGCUACCACCUCAACAGCCGACACAUCAUGAUCGACGAGGACCUGACAGCAAGAAUCAACAUGGCCGAUGCUAAGUUCUCUUUUCAAGAGAAAGGCCGCGUCUACUAUCCAGCUUGGAUGUCUCCUGAGGCGCUUCAAAAGAAGCCUAGCGAGAUCAACCUUGAGGCUAGCGAUAUGUGGAGUUUCGCCGUUCUUCUGUGGGAGCUCGCUACUCGUGAGGUUCCCUUUGCUGACUUGUCCCCCAUGGAAGUGGGAAUGAAGGUCGCUCUGGAGGGUCUCCGCAUCAGUAUUCCCCCCGGCAUCUCGUCCCACCUGGCCAAGUUGAUCAGGAUCUGUAUGAACGAGGAUCCUGGAAAACGUCCGACCUUCGACAUGGUGCUUCCGAUUUUGGAUAAGAUGAAGCGAUAAGUCACUGGCCGACCUGUCGUAGAAUCUCCGGUGUAUUUUGCAUCCCCUAACCAAGCAGUUCUCAAACUCAGGUUUGUUCUAAUCGAUUGUAGAUGAGUUUAUUUAUUGUGCCAUAAGGUCCAUAAUUUCAAACACUUUGUGUAGUUGUUACCUUGUUUGAGUACUGCUGCAAGAUUAUUUAUAUUUUAACGAUUUAGGUUGACAAUUUCUAGAGAAUUUUAUUUAGCCUGAUUUAUUUUUUAAAGUAUAAAAAAAUUAUAUACAUUUUGUGAACAUUGUAAUUGUUCAAAAAGGUAAAAUCAAUGGCUGAACUAAUAUCUAUUUUGGUUCAAUAUGUAUACAAAGCUUUAAACAGCCAAUGGUGCUCGGUGGAUGUGCAUUUUUGGUUUAUGGUCACACUUUGAAAAGUUUGAGAAUUGCUGUUUUUACCCCGUAACUAACCUGGAGAGUAAGUGAACAAAAAUAAUACUUGGAAGUACACUUAGCUAAUUUCAAAAUUUUGAAUAUACUGCCAACAAACAUUAACCACAAGCUUUGUAGUAAUGAUUUUCAAAUAGCCUCCUUAAGUGUGUAGUAAUUUAUUUAGAAUAGCUACGAAGAUUUGCAAGUGUAAUAAUCCUAAGCAUUUAACUUACUAUUUUUUUGUUAUUUUCCUAGGAGUUGAUCGAUUGAGGUUAUAGUUGGUUUUACAAAAACCAUAGAAGAUUUAACAAAAAAAUUAACCAUGUAUUCAUUUGUAUAAUUUAGCCUAAUCCAAACAUUCAACAAAAAAAAACAAUAACAUUUAUAGUUCGGCCGCUUAGAAAGCGACCUCCUCUAGCAUUGGUUUAGCAUAAGCACGCAGGUCGUUUUCUAUGCGGCCAAACUAUAGUAUGAUUAUUUUACUCAUGCUUAUGAUGUAAGAUUCGGUGCUAAUUUUUAGACUACCUACUAAUGAUCAUUUAUUACAAUUAACAUUUUUAAUCAACAGUAUUAUAGUGGUUAAACAUUGUACAACUGACUAUAUUUGAUUUUGGUGUGGUCUUUACUUGGCAUUUUGAGUUAGUUUCUAACAAGAUAACAAGGAGGAAUUUAUAUUUUCUAUUAUUUUGAUUGUGUCAGAAGUUAAAAUGUUAUUGUUGAUUUUUAAUCAUUCGCAGUUUCAGAUUAUUUUUUAGUGUUGUAGCUAUGCAGGGAACGUAUGUUUGGUACAAAGUGUACAUUUAUCUGUCUGUACAAAUAUCAGUCAUACAGUAUUGGAAUGCGAUGAUGUUUUAUAGAGCUUAAGAUAUAUAUUAUAUACAGUUAUAUUCAAUGUUAGUAAUAAUUUUAUGUACAGUUUCAAAUUUUCUGUCACAUGUUAGCUCAAAUGUUAACAAUAUUUGAAGCACAAAAGAUAUUUUAGUAGAGUCGUUUUACUUGUAUUAUUCUGUGUGUUUUGUUUAUUCAAGGAUUAUUUCAUCUGACAGAUGUUAUUAUUUCAAUAACAUUUUGAAAAGGAAGACAGAUUGACUUUUUAACUGUACUAAAAGUGGCUUGUUAGUUUUUUAGGUCUCUCAAUUUUUGUAAGGAUUACAUAGUCUACGCUAAACAUUCUUGUUUUUAUUCAGAUGUUAAAUAAUAUAAAUAUAUAAUAUAAUGUUUUUAACUAUUACGUGUUACCGGAUGAGAUUUUUUACUUAAGAAACAUUGGGAUAUUGAUAUUAGUUAAAAGCUAGAUUUAGGCUACUGACGAUUUUUAUCAGAAAAGUUCAAGUUUAAGUGUUAAAACUUUUCUGCUUCCAAUAACUACAGGAAACAUUCUCCGUCAUAUUUUGCCUUGAUCUUAGCAUAGAAGUCAAUUAUAAGUCCGAAUUUUGGAAUAGAAUAGGCUGUGCUUGAAGUGUUCAAACAAUUCAAUUUUACAUUGUCUUGCCAAGAUUUAAUAUCGUCUCAUCUAUAAAAUGUUUAGUGUCCGUGAAAUUGUACUUAAAGCUAAAAGUUUGUAAUGAAUAUUUAAAUUAUCUUUCAGUCUAAGAUUGUUUAUUUACUUUAAAUUUGUUGGUCACUUAUUUGUUGGUUGGUAAACAACAUCUUUUAAAAUAUUUAAUAUUCGUGACUAUUACUAUUGAUUGUUUCUUUAAUAGUUUUAUUAUUACCUUUUAACUCUAGAUAUAAAUAAUAUUAAAUCCCAAAAAUUACAUGAAACAUACAUAAUCAAGGGGUCACAAUAUUAGGGAAUUUAUAGUUCAAUUUAAAUAUUUAACUUGUUUAGUUUAUUUAAUAUUUUGCUGUAAUUUGUUGUCAUAAAUGAAUGUAACUGUAGAAUUGUGUUCAAUAAUAAUCCUAUUUAUUUUAUGUUUAGGAGUACUUUAUGUUAUAACUUAAAAUUAUGUAUUGUAGAAGCUUUGACAUUUAAGUAAUGUAGAAUAUUUAUUCCUGUCAAAAUUGUAAUGUAUGGAUAGGUAAUUUUUAUAAUUAAUUUUUCUGUGUAGAAUUUAACUGUUAAAAGGUCUACAACUUACAGUAAAAUCAUUGCUCAUUAUAGAUAUAUACUACGUGAAGUAGACAUUCCAAAGUUUUAGAAUUAAAAAUAACUUAAUGCAAUUUAGCCAACAAUGCUGCUGUAAAAACUGUUUUCUCUUAAUACACCCAAAUAAUUCUUGAUUAUACAAAAAGGAAUGGACAACUUCAUACUAAUCAUGACAUCUUUUCUAUUCAUCAACUUUCAGAGACUAAAAUACUUGAAUACAGUAUCAUUUCACUCAUUCUUCAGUUGACUGUGUGUCUUUGAGUGGAAACGGGUUAAAAUUAUCCAUGUAGAUGGGAUGUCUACUUCUACUUCAGUAACUAAACCGAUGGUAAAACUAAGCUGAGUUUUGGAACAAAUUGAUUGAAAUUUCUUUACAUUCAAAAGUAGAAAUUCAUUUACAAUCUUGACUUUUUUGUUAUUUAACUAAACCAAUAUUUUCUAUUUAAAUUCAAAAGCUUGAGUGUAAUUAAUUUUUGAAUAUCUGUAUAAAUUUCCUCCUCAUACGCAGGAUUAUUUAUGAAUUCUACUAGUCUUUAUUUAUAUUUCACUUCCACCUUUAGUUUACUGAAAUAAUUUUUAGAAUAGUAUACUCUGGUAUGUCAAUUCAGUGUUUAAAACAUUUGGUGCCUUUAGUGCUUAUUAGCACAUACAAUUUAUGCCAGUUAUAGUUUUCUUUUCAACCAUGAACAUAAACUCAAUGCAAUAAUUUAUUAUGUACUCCUCUUCCGAAUAAGGAUGGAAUAGUAUAUAUUGCGUAACAAGAGUAGAAAGUGAGUCAUUACAUAUUUGAGACCAUGAUUAUAAACCCGACCAUAUUGCCGAGAAUAUGUAAAGCCCCACUUCCACUCCUGUUUUGAACGUUACUUUUCGCUACACUACAAAGACUAAUAAUUUUCCUAGACAUUGGAUAUUUCUUAUUAAAGAACAUUAAGUUACAAAACUCACAGCAAGUUUUACGUUAUGCCUUCAAUUUAAAGGUGAUAUUUACUUUGGUUGAAUAGAUUUUGUUGUUAAAAAUUGAAACAGUUGACAAAACAAUAACAAAUAUUUGUUUGUUUACGUCGGCAAAAUCCAAAAAACAAUGGAAUGAUGAAUUUUCUCAGGUGAUAAACAUGUAACGGAAACAGGUCAUUUGACAGUAGUGUAGCGAAAACUAUUUUAUUUUACAACCAAAAGAGAUUAUGUCAACUGUAUUUUUAAUAAUAUUUAAGUUAGUUCUUUUAACCAUAAACAUUUUUACUCUCGCUUUAAGUCUUUAAGUAGGCUCUAAUCUUAAUUUAUGCGUCUAAUCUGGUUUGUAUUUUUUACAAUAUUGUUUUAUGUAUAUAACUCUAGUUUGUAUUUAUUGUUCUGUUAUUAAUUAUAAUAAAUGUUUAAUGUAAC